AUGGACCCUCACCAAUCACCAGCUGAUAAUGUCACGUCGCCCAUGAAGAGCGGAGAGGCAACCUCUAGGGACUCGUCCACAAAUGACAAUACCAUCAACAACAAUAGCAACAAUAACCAUGACAUACUAAAUUUCAAUGAUAACUAUACCACCAUUUUACAACACUUGGCAAACGACCAUCCUAACCUACUGAGGGAAAAGGGGAGCUCACAGCAACAGCAGCAACAGCAACAGCAACAGCAACAGCAACAGCAACAACAACAGCAACAGCAACAGCAGCAACAACAGAACCUGGAUACACUUCUACAUCAUUAUCAAAGUUUGCUUUCUAAAACUGAAAGUUCAACAACCUUUGACGAUAAUGACCACAACAGCACCGAAAAGAGCGUUAAUAAUACCAGUAAUAAUAAUAAUACUAAUAACAAUAAUAACAAUAAUAAUAAUAAUAAUUAUAAUAAUAAUGAUAAUAAUGAUAAUAAUAGUAAUAAUAAUAACAAUAAUGACAUUGCAAGUCCAAGUAAUAUGAUGGGAUCAUGUAAUCAGUGCAAGCUGAGGAAAACAAAAUGCAACUAUUUUCCAGAUCUAGGAAAUUGUCUCGAAUGUGAAACCUCCAGAACGAAAUGUACCUUUAGCAACACUCCGAAUUACCUGAAAAGAACGUCCUCCAAUGCGAACAAUAUCAUAUCAGCUUCUUCAAAUGCCAAGCGAAUGAAGAAUUUUGAAGAGUACUCAAAUCGCCUACCUAGCAAUAUGCUCUUCAGACAUCAUCAACAGCAACAACAGCAGCAACAGCAACAGCAACAACAGCAGCAGCAACAGCAACGUGUACAGUAUCCUAGAUCUUCCUUUUUUGUGGGCCCGGCUUCAGUUUUCGAUUUGAACUUGACUAAACAUGUAAGGUUAGAUAAUGUGGACCAAAUACAACUAUCGAAAACGUUAUCAUUAAGAAAGGUGUCUCCUACUGCACAGUUUAUUCUACAGGACGAUUUUGACACUGCUCUUCAUACUAAACAAGAAUACGAAGUCGAUAUGGUGGAAAAUUUGGUGCAUCCACAUGGCCAUCUUUUGGUAGAAAUUUUUUUCAAAUUAGUUCAUCCUUUCCUUCCAAUCUUACACGAGCGUGUUUUCCUAGAAAAGUAUUCUAGGUCUUAUAGAGAACUCACAGCACCUUUACUGGCAUCCAUCUACUCGCUCGCACUGCAAUACUGGGAUUUCCACCCUGCGCUGUUAGGAUUCCCCAAGCCCGAUGUUGCUGCACAGCUAAACAACAUUGCAUUAGAUACAUUUUAUGCUCGAGUCGGAAGGCCAAAAUUAAGCAUUAUUCAAACUGGCCUUUUAAUUUUACAAUGCCGUAGCGAGUGUCAUAACAACUGGGUCCUUUGCUCUAGCGUAGUGGCUCUUGCAGAGGAAUUGGGUCUUGGUGUGGAGUGCAAUGACUGGAAACUACCUAAAUGGGAAAAGGAUUUGAGAAAAAGAUUAGCCUGGGCAGUUUGGUUGAUGGAUAAAUGGUGUGCAUUGAACGAAGGUAGGCAAUCCCACUUGAUUUUAGGUAGAAACUGGAUGAUCAAGCUGUUGAAUUUUGAUGAUUUUCCUACGAAUUCACCGACUAUUUUAAACUCUUUGCAAAACGACCAAUCAGAGUCUUCGCCUUCUUCAUCGAAUGAUGUGAAAAACCAUCAAAUAGCCUUCGGUAAUUUACCCAUAUUUAAUAUGAACCCUUCUGUAGAAGAUUUCAAGAAUGGAACGUUGAUGUUUCAACAGAUGGUUUCUUUGAGCAUUAUCCUUGGGGAAAUUAUGGACACUUUUUACACUCAGGGAUCAUUGACAAUAAAUAAAAGUAUUGAACAAGUAUUGAAAUUGGCAAAGCCGUUACAAUUGAAAUUAAGAGAAUGGUAUCAUUCAUUACCUAAAAGUUUGUCGAUGAGUCACUCCACACCUCAGAAGUUGAAUUCAAACUCCACUUUGACUCUAGCCUACUUUGCUACAGAAAUUACUCUACAUAGAAAAAUCAUUUGUGCAUUAAAUCGUCAGACGCCAAAAGAUUUGGUCCAAGUUUGCAGGACGGCUGCAAGAACUAGGCUCGUUGCUGCAAUUGAAUUCAUAAGAGAUUUGAAAAAUGAACACAUCAAUGCCUUUUGGUACAAUUGUUCCACGGGAAACCUGAUGUUAAUUGGCACAUUUUCUGCUCUAUUGUAUGUAACUUCAGCGACGAAAGAAGAGGCCACGAUUUUCAGAGAUUACGUCAGAAAUUACACCUGGGUACUGAAGAUCGGUUCCAAAUAUUUUGAUAAAUUAUCAAAUGCUUUGAACAACAUGCAUUUAUUGUUUGCACAAAUUCCUGGUCUAUUGACCGAUGAGCCAGUGGAGGUGAGUCCCAAUUCCAACAUGAAUUCCGUUAAUCCAUCAAGGUCCGGUGUGCAAUCACAAAUCCCAAUUCAAUUCAAUGUGGGAUCUCCUGCUAUGACUGAACAAGGAUCUCCAUUGAACCAAUGGAAAAAUCUACCGCAAGAGAUCCUGCAGCAAUUGAACUCCUUUCCUAACGGUACGACUCCCACAACAACACCAAUGAAUCCCACUCCAAGGCAAACACAACAAGAAUUGCAGGGAAGUCCCACUGUAAACAGUACUAAUAACAAUGGCAGUAAUACUCCUUUACCGUUUAUGCCAAGUAAGACUUCCAAAAAGGCUGCACAAUCUUCACCAAACGUUACACCCUCGCAUAUGAAUAGACACCCCGCGUCUAAUACGUCUUCACCCAGAGUUAAUUCAAUUGUGAACGUGAACUCUAAUACUCAAAUGAAUGCCUCUCCCUUAAGCUCUAUAAACGAAAUCAGGCAAGAGUCGAAUGUUGCCACAAAUGAAAAAUCUACAGGAGGGGAGAGGUUCAUUAAUGAGGAAUCGUUAGCAGAACUCAAAGUAGAUAAUCCGAACCCAAAAGAGGAAGCAAGUACUGCUAGUAACCAAAUUAUAAAAAUGAAUGAAGUUAAUAGUAAAAACGUAACAAUUGAGGCAAAGGAAACCCCCCUAUAA